AUGUCCACCUCCAUGCAAACUGUCUCAGCUGCUACUACUAACAAAGCUAGUGCCAAAACUUACAAAAAAUUUAUCAAAUCCGCCUGCAAUUCAACCACAUAUCCCAAAGUUUGCUACAAAGCUCUCUCUCCCAGUGCGUCCGCCAUUAAAACCGAUACCAACAAGCUUUGCAACAUCGCCUUGUCCUUCACUCUAAAUGCCACAUACAAUGCAUCUUCAUCGAUAGACUCGUUAUCAAAAAUGAAGGGAUUGAAUCCGUCCGAGAAAGAAAUCACCCAUGAUUGCGCUGAAACUACUGGCGAGGCCAUCGACGAGCUGGAGAAAUCCUUGAAGACAUUGGCUAAUUUACAAGGCUCGGAUCACAAGGCUGAUGAGAUGAAUGAUUUAAAAACUUGGGUGAGCGCUAUCUUGACGGAUGAGUACACAUGCACCGAUGAAUUUGAUGGCCAGAAAGUAAGCAAAGCUGUUAAGAACACAAUCAAUAAGAGUGUGUUGUAUCUUGCUCAAUUGACCAGCAAUUGUUUGGCUCUUUUUAAUCUUCUGGAUUACUGA